GACGUCCAGUUCGACUCACCUUCGAGUCUUGUGUGUGUGACGUGUGGUAUUCACUGGUGAUUUGUGUUCGAACCCACCUCGAACCCGCCCCGCCUCCAGCUAUCAACAAGCUCUUGAAACUUUUCCCUAUCGAACAUCCAUGGAUCGAAUCCGUAUUGAGCCGUGGAUCCUACCGGCCUCUCACCUCUAACACAAACUUGUCACGACAAGUCAUGUAGUGUCAAGUCCAACCGCCAAGUGUCCGAAAAUGCUGCAGAUGAUCAAAUCGUAUUGCCAAAAGUCCAAUUCUCAACUCUCCAGAGUCCAAGAGUCCGAUGGCAGCUUCUUCGAGAGUUACACGUCACUGGCCUGGAGACAGGAGAACAAGAGACUGCGGGCUGCCAGUGAGGAUGACAAAGACUUUGACAAGCCCCCACCUGUGGAGAUACAGUUCGCCACGAGGCCACACCUGACCAAGUUGUCCAAGAAAGAGUUUGAGCUACUGUACAUCGAAGUUUUGUACACGAUCAAGCACAAGAUCGGGACAACUUCUGGCGGACACUCGCCAUACAUACAAGACCUGUUCCAGUAUGCCAAGGAGUCGUUUGGGGUCAGUCCUGAGGACCAUGCCAGGCUGCUGGCUCGGGCCACGGAGGAAAAGCCGCCUAUUGUUAUUCUGAACGUGACAGUGCUGGAAGCCAGCGGUCUGGAAGCCAAAGAUGCAGACG